AUGGAUCUUCGUUUUUCGAUCCCAAAGCAUUCUCGAAAAAAAGAGGAGGCAACUCAAGAUGAACGAACUGACAAGAAAGAUGAAUGCAUAUCGUUCGAUAAAGUGACUAAACUCGGAAAUCUCGAUGAUAUUCGUGAAAAACGAAAAGCAGAAAUUGAAAGAGAGAUAGAAUCAAUGCAAUCUGAGCACGAGAUGGCAACCGAUCAACUCGAGGAACACGCUCAACCAUCCACCAAGCAUAAGCACGUGACGAUCACCGAAAGUAAAUGCAAGCUAUACGAGACGAACGAUGAACCAACGCUGGACGAAGAGGAAGAAGAGCAAGCACUUUUAUUACUCAAUAAUCUUUGA